GGAGUCCCGGGGGGUCUUCGUCAGUACUGCUCACUUCAAGCAGCAUGUCGGUGCGGACGCUACCGCUGCUAUUCUUGAACUUGGGUGGGGAGAUGCUUUACAUCCUGGACCAGCGGCUGCGGGCCCAGAACAUCCCGGGAGACAAGGCCCGCAAAGUUCUGAAUGACAUCAUCUCAACCAUGUUCAAUAGAAAGUUUAUGGAGGAAUUGUUCAAACCUCAAGAGCUUUAUUCCAAGAAGGCCCUGAGGACUGUCUACAACCGCCUGGCUCAUGCCUCCAUUAUGAGACUGAACCAGGCCAGCAUGGAUAAGCUCUAUGACCUGAUGACUAUGGCUUUCAAAUAUCAAGUAUUGCUGUGUCCCCGUCCCAAGGAUGUACUGCUGGUCACUUUCAAUCAUUUAGAUGCCAUCAAGGGAUUCAUCCGAGACUCCCCAACCAUCGUGCAUCAAGUGGAUGAGACUUUCCGGCAGCUGACCGAAAUAUACGGGAAUCUCCCAGCAGGGGAGUUCCAGCUGAUCCGGCAAACACUCCUCAUCUUCUUCCAAGACCUGCACAUCCGAGUGUCCACAUUUCUAAAGGAUAAAGUUCAGAAUUCUAAUGGUCGCUUUGUGUUGCCAGUGUCUGGCCCUGUUCCCUGGGGAACUGAAGUUCCCGGACUCAUCAGAAUGUUCAACAACAAAGGUGAAGAAGUGAAGAAGAUAGAGUUCAAGCAUGGUGGAAACUAUGUCACUGCACCCAAAGAAGGUUCUUUUGAACUUUAUGGAGACCGAGUCCUGAAACUGGGAACUAACAUGUACAGCGUGAAUCAGCCUGUGGAAACCCACAUGUCCAGAGGAUCAAAGAACUUAGCCUCACGGACGCAGGAAAACAUUGCUCCAAACCCUCUUGCUAAAGAAGAGCUGAAUCUCUUGGCCCGACUGAUGGGAGGGAUGGAGAUUAAAAAACCCAGUGGCCCUGAGCCAGGAUUCCGGUUGAAUCUCUUUACCACUGAUGAAGAAGAGGAACAGGCAGCACUGACCAGGCCAGAAGAGUUAUCCUACGAAGUUAUCAACAUACAGGCUACCCAGGAUGAGCAACGAAACGAAGAGCUGGCUCGGAUCAUGGGGGAAUUUGAGAUCUUGGACCAGCCAAAGCAGAGCGCCAGCAAGGGGGAUGAUCUGCUAGCCAUGAUGGAUGAGUUAUAGCUGUGCUGACCUGGCACACUCUGCCCCCAGGGGAGAGGCUGCUUGAUGAGGACCACUGCCCUUCUAGUUCCUGUUUAUGUUGUAACAAACUGUGCAGGUCUUACUCAGAGAGCACCGUCUCUUGAAGGCACACACAUACACAAACUUUCAGCAAAAUAUAUUUUGGCUUUUAAA